AUGUCCACUGCGGAAGCUGUUCUCAAAACGGCGCCGCUGGUCAACGAGACGUUCGUCGGGAAUGACUACAAUUUCUGGAACUGCACAGAGGACGGUUGGGACCUCACUCGCGGGGCCUCCUCCAAUGCCAUCACGCUGAAUGUCGGCGGAACAAAGAGCCCCAUCAUCGUUGCCCCCGAGAAGAGUGCUCUCAUCCUGAUCGACAUGCAAAACUACUUCAUUCAUCCAAACCUCUCGUCGACCUCUGUGGGCCGCGACCUGAUCCCGGUCAUGAACGAAACGAUAUUCGCCUUCCGCAAAAACAACAUCCCUGUUAUGUGGGUGCAAUGGGGUCUGACUGAAUCUGAUGUCUACUACAUGCCUCCCGCCUUCCUCUCUGGCUACUACACCGAAGGACCCAACGGCAACACCACUUUGGGAGACGACAUGGGAAACUUAAUCCUCGACGGAGUUGGCACCAAGGUGGCCAUGGGCCGAAAGUUGAUGAGGGGCAGCUGGAACGCCGAGCCAUUUGGCUCUCUCAAUGACACGAUGACCGAGGGUCUGGCGCAGGGCACCGACUUGCACUUUAACAAGAACCGACUAUCUGGUUUGUGGGGCGCGACUACGCCUCUCGACCAUUAUCUCACGACGCAUGGGAUCACAACGCUAUUCUUUGGCGGCGUUAAUCUCGAUCAAUGCGUCUUCGGCACCAUGAUGGACGCCUUCUAUAAGGGCUACGAUACUAUCCUCGUAGAGGAUAUAUCCGCUACAACGUCGCCGCUCUUUGCCACCCAGAUGACCGACUACAACAUUGAGGGCUUUGGUAAUGCACCGGACGGAUGGACGACAAACUCGACGAACUUUCUCCCUGACUUGAUCUCUCAGUCUUAGAGCUGGAGGUGCAGUGUAGUACAGCCCUUUGGCAUCCAUGUCAAGGAGUAUAAAAUUGAGUGGGGGGCAUUACAGUAUCUUGACAGGUUGAGUUGUCAGCAUUCAAUGAAACAUUUUUACUGCCACCCUCGCCAGCUUAGGCGUCAAAUACAUGCUCAGACCAAGCCGAACCGGGAAGGCGGCCUUGACAACCAAAUACGCAGCUGCAAAAUCGACGACUUGUCUCAUCUUCAGUCCGCUAGCUCCUUCGAUGACCCGGUCGCGCCAUCGCGAACUUGGGCUUUCUUUCCCCUCCAUGCCCUCGAGUGCCUCAUGUAUGACAGCGCCUUGAUCUUCGGCGUUUGAUCGUUCCCUCCUUCUCGCUAGACCCUCGAGAACCCUCGUCCUGAAUUUCUUCUUAUCCUCAGGUGCAUCUUCCACCGUGUCGAUCGCCUCUGACACAUUUUCUUUUUUCAUUGCGCGCCUCUCUCGUACCUUCUGCACAAGGCUCCAUCCGCCACCUAACGUCCGCCUCAGCCCUCCUUCAAUCGCAUCCUCGACGGUUCGACUCGAGUUCCACGGCAGGGGCUGCUUCAGUGCCCAUGCCGCUGUAGGCCCCGCUAGGAGGGCGUUGGAGGAGCCGGGAGCGACGGUGCUGAACCAAUAGUAGGCUGGCAGGAGCGAGCCUCUCGCGAUGGCUUGGUGCAGAACGAGGAAGGUAGUAGUGAAGAGGAUUGGCCGCGCUCCGAGCGUAACCGGUCUUGGAGCUCGAGUUGAGGUGGUCGAGGGAGGAGUACCAGUGUUGCGAACGGCAACCGUUCUCGAGAGGUUUCUGCUCUGGUGUAGCACUCCUCUGUUGAUGCUCGUGCGAGCGAAUCGAACCGUGUUGGAAGCAAUGUUUGCACCGUAUGCUGUCCUCAAUUGUUCGUCCUGGGCGAACAUUCCAGACAAGUCCUUGCGUCGAAGUUGCGAUGAUCACGCAGGCGGUCGUUGGAGCAAUCACAAAGAUAUUCCGAUUGAUAUUUGCCUCAAGUCGCCGUGAGCACGCAGGUCAAGCUGG